AUGCAAAAGCAGUUAGUCUCUCUGGUGUUUUUCAGAAGCCCCCACACACCACUAGCAGGGAGAAGUGCAGGGCAGCUACAGUAUAGCACCUGGACCUGUUACUUGUUGUGUCUCAACCAGGCUCUGUCACGCCAAGAGCUUGCCAAGAUGUGUGACAUGGGGGGGCUCGACAACCUGAUUGCCAACACAGCCUAUCUACAGGCAAGGAAGAGUGGAGAUGGAGACACCAAGGAGAUGCAAAAGAGACGUAAGAGCCUCUCAUUGCCCAAGAUCGAUCAAUGCAGAGAGGUUAGAGAGUCUGUUGUCGCUGAUUAUGACAGCAUCUGUGAGCAGCAGCCCAUUGGCAAGAAAUUCUUCAGAGACUUCUUAGAGACAGUGCCAGAACAUUUGGUAGCUAGGGACUUCCUGGAUGAGGUGUCAAACUGGGAGUUGGCAGAGGACAAUGUCAAGAGCAGUACCAUGGAGAAUAUGAUCACAAAUUUUCUUAAGGCAGGCUCCAAAAACUAUCUGGCUUUCAUGAGCUCUGACUUGGCCAGCAAAUGCCAGGAAGCUACUGCAAAAGACUAUGAGAAUGUCAUGCAGCUGGCCAAGGAGGAAACCAAACUCUUCCUUAAAGGCAAGCCCUUCCAGGACUUCCAGACCAGCCCUUUCUAUGACAAAUUCCUCCAAUGGAAAGUUUUUGAGAAGCAGCCGGUAACUGAGAAAUACUUCUAUGAGUUCCGAGUGCUGGGCAAAGGUGGCUUUGGAGAGGUUUGUGCCAUCCAGGUGAAAAAUACUGGCAAGAUGUAUGCCUGCAAGAAACUGGAUAAGAAAAGGUUGAAAAAAAAAGGUGGAGAGAAGAUGGCACUACUGGAGAAAGAGAUCCUGGAGAAGGUCAACAGCCCUUUCAUAGUCACGCUAGCUUAUGCCUAUGAGAGCAAAACCCAUCUGUGUCUUGUCAUGAGCCUCAUGAAUGGAGGGGAUCUGAAGUAUCACAUCUACAACGUGGGAGAAAGGGGUUUGGAAAUGAACAGGGUCGUCUAUUACUCAGCUCAGAUCACCUGUGGGAUUCUGCAUCUCCAUUCCAUCAAGAUUGUGUACCGGGACAUGAAACCAGAAAAUGUCCUACUGGAUGAUAAUGGUAAUUGCAGACUGUCUGAUCUUGGAUUGGCAGUGCAAGUCAAAGAGGGAAAAAGCAUCACGCAGAGGGCUGGGACAAAUGGUUACAUGGCUCCGGAAAUCCUGAAGGAAGAAAAUUACAGCUAUCCUGUGGACUGGUUUGCUAUGGGGUGCAGUAUUUAUGAGAUGGUUGCUGGGCGAACACCAUUCAAGGAUUUCAAAGAAAAGGUCGGUAAGGAUGAGGUUAAAAGAAGAACUCUGGAAGAUGAGGUGAAAUUUGAACAUGCCAACUUUACAGAGGAAGUGAAAGAUAUUUGCCGACUGUUUUUGGCUAAGAAAACAGAGAAUCGUUUAGGAAGCAGAAAUGAAGAUGAUGACCCAAGAAAACAUAAUUUCUUCAAAGCAAUAAAUUUCCACAGGCUAGAGGCAAACCUUAUCGACCCUCCAUUUGUGCCAGAUCCAUCAGUUGUCUAUGCCAAAGAUAUUGCAGACAUUGCUGACUUCUCUGAAAUACGAGGAAUUGAGUUUGAUGACAAAGAUAAGAAGUUCUUCAAAAAGUUUGCAACAGGUGCUGUCCCUAUACCCUGGCAGGAAGAAAUUAUUGAAACAGGACUGUUUGAAGAACUGAAUGAUCCUAACAGAGUAGAUUCCGGGGGAUACGCAAAUGGAGGUGAAGCUAAGUCAGGCGUUUGUUUGUUGUUGUAA